UCCGAAACCUCGAUAGAAUCAAACAUCAACUGUCACGCAGCAGAGAGUGAUAGUGAAUAUCAAUCUGUUUUUUGUACCCCAAUAAUAGAUAAAAUAUAACUUUGCAUUAGCCUAAUUUCCUCCCAACGACAUUGUUGUUCUGAAAUGAUUUCCACGAGGAUUGAUACGUACUUAGAGACAUUGAGUGGAUACAUAUUUGACGAUGACAAAUUGGUAACGUACAAAUGGUUGAGCAAGAAGCUGGGCCUCCACGUCAACUUGGCAAAGCAAAUAUUAUGGCAAUUUUGGAAGGAGCAAGAACAGCGCAAAAAAGUUCUGGCCACCUUAACUCUGAUCGGGUACCUAGACGACGAUGUUCUACGAGUGGAGGUAGUCAAGGAAGAAGACCUCGCGUCCGCGAAGCGAAAGUUUAAAAAGCUGAGCGCAGAGCAUCUGUACAGUUUGCAAAGAGCGUUACCAGAUGUGGAGUUGCUGGCUUUAACUGGAAACGGAGAUCAUCAACAUGGUGCAAUUGUUUGCAAAGAAAUAAUUGCCCGCAGUGGAGAAGAAUUAAACGAGCUAAGAUGGGGCUGCAAAUUCGGGGGUAAAGUGUCUACAGAAAAAUCGCCAAAGUUAGCUGUACCGAAGGCGGAUUUGAAGAAGGAGAAAAACUUCUUCAGCAAAGUAACAACAAAGCCGCAAACCUUUCAUGCCUCGCAGAAAGAAACGGCCAAAGACGAUGACAAAGGUGUUGGGAGUCGGGGCCGGAAACGUCGAGGUUCUGAGGAGCCAGAGACGGGUAGUAAACGACAGAAGCGGAAAUUUGAUCCAGCUUCUAAUUCCAGCGGAGAGUCAAGCAUUAACGAGGAGGAGGAGGGCGAGGACGAAGCGACGCGUAAUUUUAUUCUGGAGGGUAAAACUCGGUCGGAAAAUGUUGGGAAUAAAAUUUCCCCGCCGAGGUAUAAGACGGUAAAUGGUAAAACCAAGGUACGGAAGGUCGUUGACAAAACUUUUACAGACGAAAACGGUUAUUUUGUAACGAAAAAAGAAUACGUCUACGAAAGUUCUUCGGAUAAAGAAGAAAAAGACACCCCAAAAGUCGAAACGCUGCAACUCGGAUCCGCAGCUCCAAAAGCCAAUAAUCGUAAGCAAGCCAGCCUAUUGAAUUUUUUCAAAAAGUCUUAAAGCGCAAUUCCACGAUCUCUAGCGAUGUAAAAUGUGAAAGCGAUUGGUAUAGAUACUAAUUACCUACUAUAGCCUGUAAUUGUACAAUGUACAUAUUAUGCGUGAAAAUUA